GCACAUAUCCAAGGUGUGAAUUUGGGGCACCCGAGGUCAGUCGGCGACUGCUGGUGUUGCGAUGAAAAAAUUUACGUAUCCUCACGGACGAGGUACCACGAUGCAAUGAAAGCGGUGAACCGUGUUGGGAGUGUUCGGCGACCAUUUCGGGGACCAGUUUGCAGAGCAGAGGACAGGCGUGAUACAACGACUGCAUUAGACGGGUGGGAGGAGUGA